AUGCAGCGAUUAUUUCAGACUGGACUUUGUAAGAAGAAUGUCUGGCAACGUGUGACUAUUUUUAAUGUCCAUCGUGCCAAUCCUGUUGCCCGUGUUGAGGCUUCCAUGACCAUUUCGGUCCGGACUUUUAGUUCAUCACUACCAGACCAUGAGGUUGUUGGUCUACCAGCUCUAUCUCCUACUAUGGAGGUUGGAACGAUUGCCAAAUGGAACAAACACGAGGGUGAACACAUUUCAGCUGGUGAUGUCGUUUGUGAAGUAGAAACGGACAAGGCUGUCGUUGACUUUGAGGCGACGGACGAUUCAUAUCUUGCCAAGAUCCUGGUGCAAGCUGGUUCUGGUGAAGUUGCUGUAGGUAAACCAAUUUUCGUGACUGUGAUGGAGGAAGAGGACGUUGCUGCCUUUAAGGAGUUUUCGGCUGACGAGAUCCCUACUGAAGAUGCUUCCCCGGCUACCCCUGCUGUUGAAGCUGCCCCGGAUACCCCUGCUGUUGAAGCUGCCCCAGUUGCUGCAAACGCCACUACUACAACUCCUGUCUCUGGUGCUUCAGAUGCUGCUCCUGCCUCGGGUCGCGUGUUUGCCAGUCCGCUAGCCAAAAAGAUUGCCCGUGAGUGUGGUGCUGUGUUGUCCGUGAUCAACGGUUCUGGUCCCAAUGGCCGUGUCAUCAAGGCGGAUGUGGAGGAUGCUCUGGCUAAUGGCACUGCUGCGCCGGCUAUGGAGACUUCUGCUAAUGCAUCGUCCCCGCCUGCCGCCGCCAGCUCAACCACCACUACCACUAACCACACGGACUAUCCGAUCAGUCCGGAGGCUCAGGCCAUUGCCCAGCACCUGACAAAGCAGAAGUUAGAGGUGCCACACUACCACUUGUCGACAACCUUGACGCUCGACAAGCUGCUUGAUGCGCGUGCCCGCCUGAACGCUGGCCGUGGUGAGGACGAACAGCUUUCCGUGAAUGAUUUUAUCGUGCGCGCCGCUUCUCUUGCCAUGCGUAAGGUGCCAGACGCCAACUCGAGCUGGAAGGGCUCAUUCAUUCGUCAAUUCAACGAUGUGAAUGUGAACCUGAUGAUGACGUCAGCUACGGGUGGUCUCGUAGCUCCCGUACUUACCCAGGUGAACCGUAAGGGUCUGGACGACAUUCGUAAGGAGACGCAGGAAGCUGUGGCUAAAGCGAAUGACGGUGUUUUCAAGCCGGCUGACCUGGCCAACGGCACCUUUACAAUCUCCAAUGUUGGCCAGUUUGACGUGCAGUCGUUGGCCGGUAUUGUGCGUCCCGAGCAGGCGUGCAUGCUCGGCCUGGGCACAAUUGAGAAGAAGGUGGUGCCGAACGACGAUCCAAAUGCUGAGCAAAUUUAUAAGUAUGCACAGGUAAUGACCGCCACGCUUGCUUGCGACCACCGCGUCAUUGACGGCGCUGUUGGUGCGCAGUGGUUAGCCUCCUUUAAGGAGCUUGUGGAGGACCCGCUGAAGAUGAUCCUGUAA